CUCUCUUCUCUCCAUCUUUCCCCUCGUUCGUCCACCCGCAUUGCCCUGCUCUUUCUCUCCUUUUCCACGGCUUCGUCUCCUCCCGCCAUGUCGACUUUAUCCUCCCCACGCCCCUCCAUCGCUUCGUCUCGAGCUCACUCGCCCACCCCUGCAUCGUCACGCCGUCCGUCCCUCGACGCUCUAAACACCCACGUCGGCAGCGGCGGCGGCCUCAGCGCCUCCUCAACUCCCUCCACAGCUCGCGCAGUCUCGCCGUCACUACGACCCAGACGCAACCGCUCCGCCCUGCGAGACUACUACAACCUGAAGCCGUCCGCGGCCGACCCGUCCGGCGGUCCGCGCUCGCCCAGCGUCCCCCGACACACCGAUGCCGGCGACAUCUCGAACCCGUCCGUCCUGUCGACGGGCACCGAGCUGGACAGCCCGGACUUCGACCCGCAGCGCUACGUGAACCACCUCCUCGCCACGUCGUCGCUGUCGACGAUCCUGAAGGCCGAGAAUACGCUCGUCGGCGACAUCCGCACGCUGGACAGCGAGCGGAAGGCCCUCGUCUACGAUAAUUACUCGAAGCUGAUCCGUGCGGUCGAGACUAUUGGCAAGAUGCGGCGCAGUAUGGAUGAUCGCGGUGCUCCGUUGACGAUGACCAAGACAUUGGGUCCGGCGAUUGCGUUCGUGGCGGAGACCGCGGGCGGGUUGAUUCAGGAGGGGGAAGAACAGCGACGACGGAUGAAGGAAGCGAAGAUGUCGGAUGCUGCAGAUCGUAAGAAGUCCGAAAGGCAGACGGUGAAAUGGGUGCUAGGGGCCCCGGAGAGACUCGAGAAGCUCCUUGCCGAUGGGAGUAAGGAUGAGGCUGAACGGGACUGGGAGGAGGUACGCACUCUGCUUGCGAAGUGGGGAGAGGUGAAGGGAGUUGCGGAGGUCCGGGAGUCUUGCGAGAAGGUCAUGGCGAAGAAAGAUGAGGCGUCUUGAGGACUGAAUCAGGACAAGAAUGCUUCAUGUCGUCGGAUGCAACCCGCGCGCGUGGCAGAUACUAUGAUCUCAUCCGAAUCUCGUCAGGGAUCUCGAGACGCGACGGACUCUUACAAAAACGUCGAACGGACAUGCCUCGCAGGCCGAGGAUCCUUAAUAUACCAGGUCGUGGAAUGGACUUGGACGCCGGAAUGGCAACCUAUCAACCCAAAGGGACUUGCCGUACAUACAGUCUUUCGGUCCAGACGUGUGGAUGCAUGCUCGGUUGUGGCCCUGGCAGUAGGUCUAGCAACCUGCACAGCUACAGCGACCAGCUGUGUUGUGCCAUCCCUUGCUCGAGUUCAACGGAACAAAUGUACAGAUAGAAAGAGCAUGAACAGGUCGUUCUUAUCAGAUCAGAUCAUCUUUGAACAUAUGAUUUCAGACAAACCAACUCAAAUCCUUCUCG